GUUCCUUUUCCUUGAGGCCACGGCGAAGUGGGGUUACCCCUUUGCCAAAAAUGGCUGCCCUGGAGACGUUCCUCUUCACGUCGGAGUCCGUCAAUGAGGGACAUCCUGACAAGAUUUGCGACCAGGUGUCCGAUGCCAUCCUGGACGCAUGCCUUGAGCAGGACCCCGACUCCAAGGUGGCCUGCGAGACGUGCUGCAAGACUGGCAUGGUGAUGGUCUUCGGCGAGAUCACCACCAAGGCCAAGGUUGACUAUGAGGCCAUCGUCCGCCGCGUGUGCCGGGAGAUUGGCUUCACUUCCGCGGAUGUGGGCCUGGAUGCUGACAACUGCAAGGUGCUCGUCCACAUCGAGGAGCAGUCGCCCGAUAUUGGCCAGGGCGUGCACGGCAUGGGCACCAAGUCCCUUGAGGAGAUUGGCGCCGGUGACCAGGGCCACAUGUUCGGAUAUGCGACUGAUGAGACCCCUGAGCUCAUGCCGCUGACCCACGUGCUUGCCACCCAGCUGGGCUACAAGCUGACGGAGGUCCGCAAGAACGGCGUCUGCCCUUGGCUGCGCCCCGAUGGCAAGACCCAGGUUACUGUGGAGUACAAGCGCGAGGGUGGCGCCAUGGUGCCCGUCCGCGUGCACACCAUCCUGAUCUCCACCCAGCACAGCCCGGAUGUGACCAACGAGCAGAUCCGCAGCGACCUGAUGGAGCACGUCAUCAAGCCGGUCGUGCCUGAGAAGUACCUGGACGAUAAGACCAUCUUCCACCUCAACCCCUCGGGCCGAUUCGUCAUUGGCGGGCCGCACGGUGAUGCCGGCCUCACCGGCCGCAAGAUCAUCAUCGACACCUACGGUGGCUGGGGUGCCCACGGUGGUGGCGCUUUCUCCGGCAAGGACCCCACGAAGGUGGACCGCUCGGGUGCCUACAUUGCCCGCCAGGCCGCCAAGUCCGUCGUUGCCGCGGGUCUGGCUCGCAGGUGCCUGGUGCAGGUGUCGUACUCGAUUGCCGUUGCUGAGCCGCUGUCCGUCUUCGUGGACACGUACGGCACAGGCUCGAUCCCGGACGCGGACAUCCUGGCGCUGAUCCGCAAGGCCUUCGAUUUCCGCCCUGGGCUCAUUGGCAAGCACCUGGACCUGAAGCGCGGUGGCAACAAGCGGUACCAGAAGACUGCCGCUUAUGGCCACUUCGGCCGUGACGACCCCGACUUCACGUGGGAGACCGUGAAGAAGCUCGAGUAAAUGGUUGAGCUAGCGUGUUAAGGGGUCUUGGCUACCAAUUUUGCGGGUGAUGGUUUACUGGGCCUCCCAUAACGCUACAUCGUAGAUAACGCCGAAGCCUUUGUCGCGGGCCUUAGCGGCGACUGGUGUUUGGAACCUUCUCGAGCAGCCACUGGACUUGGCCUUGGACAAGGGUGAGAAGUGGCACCCCCGUUUGCCUUUUUACACUGUAACAAGCGUGUGCUCUUUGACCUCUAUUCCUUGUGCGUACAGUGAGUCUUUCACAUACCGGUAUGUUCGUCAUGGAUACGGGUGACUCUGCCAGAGAUUCGGCGGCGUGCGACGUGACCACGGAACUGCAUGUAUACCGCCAAGGUGGUUUCCAGUCGGUCCAAUUUUGUUAGGAAUCCCAGGUGCUGUGGCCAGCCUUCCCGUAAGCUACUUUUGAAACACAUU